AUGCAAAAGAGUGCUAGUUUGGAAAAAGUUAACGGUGUAAACAAGGUUUCAAAUGCAAGAAACGGUCUUACGCAAAACACCCACAAUAAUAGGCCAAGAAGAAGAAUUAGAAAUAGCCUCGGAAACAUCUUCGAACGAUAUCAUAUUACUGUUAAGCCAAAACUUUUAAGAAGCAGCUCAUUAUCCGAUCUCGCAACAAAUACUAGUAACUUUACAUUUGACUUUAUCGAGAAUUCUAGUAAAUUCCUGACUCAUCAAAAACAAACAGCAUACCAACAUUGCUCUGGGGACACACUUAAAACACAAUACGGAAAAUAUUUCACUGACAAACGAUACAUGUCGUGGAACAUCAAAGGGAAAAAACCAAAGAAGAAGAUAGAUAUGUCUCCAGAACAAGAUUCAAGAGCGACAACUGACGAUUACGAAGCUGAUCAAAACAUGUCUUCAUACGCUGACAACUCAAGUGUAUGUAGCACGGAUGAAAUGAGUCUACAGAGGCUAGCCGCAUUUCCCUUUAUAUCUACACCAAGUGGAAACCUUAAAGUGCAAUCAAAUCAGGUUGUUUUUCAAUCUUCAACUGUAGGUGUGCUCUUAGCAGAUCCAACUCAAGCUAAGGUUAAAGUAAAAUUUGAGGGAAAAGCAGCAGGAGAACCCGAGAAUAGGAUAGAAAGUCAUUUUAUACACGAAAAAAAUUUAGAAUCACAAGUAAAAUUUACGCCAAAAGAACCAGUGAAUUCGAGAUUAAAAUCAGUUAACGAUCACCAUAAUACAAAAUCUAAAAUACAGGCAGUAAGAGAAGAACAAGGCAAAGACUUAGGCAGUUUGGGAUAUGCACUUGCAGAACCUAUUGAUUGGAUGCGCGUACAGUUGCCAAAAAAACUGGACCUUUUCCAAGAAUUUUAUCGCAGAAUAAUAAACUACAUCAACACUGAUACCAUAGUGCAUAUUGGCGAUGAAGAAUUUCACUGUCAUCAAAUAGUGUUACAAGUUUACUCCGCAUUUUUCGACAUGAACAAUCAUCGUGAAAUAGAGCUACCAAUCUCAAAUGUUUCACCUGAAGCUUUCCAAACAAUAUAUGAAUGGAUGAUUUUUAGUGGUCCUGAAAGCAAUAAGGUCCUAAAGAGAGAAAAUAUUUUGGACUUGUUUUGCGCUGCACAAUAUCUCGCGGUUAAAGAUUUGGAAGAUCAAUGUUGGUCAUUCAUAGUACACGAAAAUCUUUUUACUGAAGACACAGCGUUUGCACUUUACAGAGAAGCUAGAUCAAGGGGAAUGACGCCAGUGAUGGAUUUAAUGGUUCCCCGCGUCAUGAGGUUUUUCUUACCUUUAGUUGCUUCAAGAGAUUUCCUUGAGUUGGAACCGGACGAGGUCAUGACAUUUUUGAAGUCUAAUUACAUAUGCGUCACAAGUGAAAUAGAAGUACUCAUGGCUGGAGUUAGAUGGUUGUAUGGCAAUUGGGCGACACGUCGUCGGUUAGUCGUGGACAUAAUGCGAUGUAUCCGUUUCGGUCUCAUCUCCCCCUGGCAGUUGGUAGACAUCAAACGAAAUCCUGACAACGCUGAAAUACUCGAAAUUGUUAAUGACCCUGAAGUACAGCAAAUGGUGGACGACGGACUUGCAUAUGUUAUUAUAAAAUAUUGGUAUGGCAACAACUCUAAAAAUUAUUACCAUUGGAUCGAUGUUCUUGGACUUACCGAGCCUGCAGAGAGGAAUUGGAUUGGCGAAGAAAAGAAUCAUGUGACGUACAAGGAUUUCCUAAAUUAUCUUGAACAAUUCAUGGUUCCAAAAGACCAGAUGUAUCAACAAAUGUCGAUGAUGCAACCGCCAAGACGCAACGAUGACUUACCCGGUACUUUGCGAGGAAUGGAUGAUAAAAUGGAAAUGAGACGGCCAAAGAUGGAUUUUCCUUUGCCUGCGACAUUAAAAGGACUUGGUGGAGAUAAAGAUAAAUCGUUACCAACGAUGAGUGAAUUUUUCGAAAACCGAAGAAAGGUUAAGGAAGCCUAUCAAUCUAGGUCACCUACACGAUCACCGCCUCUGGGCUCCGAGGGCCCGACUCCGGCGUCGCAACACCUUACCCCUCAAACAUCGAGAAAAAGUCCGGAAACUGAACGAAAACCGCAGAAACAAACGGAUGCAAAUGAGCAGCGCACAUUUUUAAUAAAUCAACAAAGUAACAAACAAACGCAGCCUAUACACUUGUGUACAAUCGAAACAAGCAAUACGCCGCAACAUUCACAAAUGUACGAACCACCUGAAAAGGACUCUUCAGACAAUUUUAACACAACCAAAAGUGGCAGUAGCAGUGAAACCGCCGAGACCAGUUACACUGAGAAGACUCAAUAUAUGAGUAAAGCUACCGAAAAGAGACAGAAUAGUGUAGCAGCUUGUUACUUAGCUGCUGCCACAGCUGCCUUAGCUGAAUCUCGAAGAGAAUCGCAAAUAUCUCCAAUGUCAGGAUCUAGACAAGAGACCGCAACGAAUUCACGACCAGAUCAAUCUCCUCGGGCACCAGGCUUGCACUCACAAAACAACAUCAGCAGCCCCCAGGUGUCGCUCUUCAAUCAGUCUAAAGAGUCACUGGCGAAAGUAAACAUGAAUAAAUUAUCAACUUCAAUCCUCGGACCUUCUAAUAAGAGUUAUACUGUGGAUGGAUCUCUGUUUAACUGGGACCGGGAAACAGUUCUCGUUUUUGGAGGAAUAAACCCUCAUGCUUCGUAUGGAGUCGGGCGUAAUACAGGAAAAGAUAUUUUUAGAUUUGAUCCACUCACCAAUUCCUGGGAUUACGUGGGCGACCUUCCGGAGCCAAGACACCAUCAUUCUGUGGCGUUCCUAAGAGGAAGGGUUUACCUUGUUGGAGGUGCUGACCCGCGUGAUGAUGAUACACGUGGAAAGUCAGUCGUCGUGUCAACGGUCUGGAGCUACGAACCCGUGACGCGUUCAUGGUAUAGCGAGUCAGGUCUUGCUGUACCGAGAAAGAAUUUCGGUCUUGUUGUACAUCGAAUGGCGCUGUAUGCUAUUGGCGGACAAGACAAAAAGGGAAGAGUUCUUCGCUCGGUUGAAAGAUUUGAUCCUAAGGCUGGGUCGUGGAGUGAGGUGCGCUCAAUGAACGUCGCGCGCAUGGCCAUGGCGUCUGUGAAGUAUCGAGAUUAUAUCUGGGUAGCUGGCGGGAUGACGGGCGAGAAGAAAAAUCCAGUGUGCAAACUUGUCGAGUGCUAUAAUUCCAAAACAAAUGAAUGGACAGAAAUUUACAGUUUAAGGUUUCCAAGAUGUUUUUCAACGUUAUUCGCAAUGAAUGAUAAACUAUACAUUAUAGGUGGCGCGGGAAAGAUUUCUGAAAAGGACAAAACGCCCAGCAGCGUUGGUGCUAUUGAUGUUUGGGACUGGAAGGAGCGAGUGUGGAAACAAGAAACGGAGUUGUCAAUCCCUCGACACGGCCAUGCAUUGGCUUAUCUCGGAACACAGCUUAUUAUUAUAGGUGGUGUAACAACGAUAUACAUGCGUGCUUUAAGUAACGUCGAGUCAUUCUGUUGCGAAAGAGGGGCAUGGAUACGAGGUGUAGCGACGCUACCAUUACCACUUUCUGGUCACGGUGCCGUUACCCUGCCACCGGCUUCCCUUAUGUGA